AAAAGUAUGCCAACUCAUAAUAGGCCACUUGUAGCUUUCGUCCAGCUAUUAAUGGGGUUUUGUUUUCAUAGAACCUGUUACAUUCCUCCAACUAUUGUUACCUGUACAUAAUCUCAAUCGAUCUCUCUCUGUUGCUUUUGCUUCUAUAUCCUUCUUACUCAACACUACAGUACAUGUGAGCUCAACUCAUUCCCUUUUCAAAGCUUCCUAGGUUGUUUCUUUCUCAUCCUUCAAUUCCGUCUAAAGCUAGCUUGAAUUACAAACAUGGCAGAGGUAGAGGAACCCAAGAAGCUAGAAUCUGAAACACCCUCGGAUCCUCCUCCAGCUCCGGCAACGGCUGCAACAUCAUCGGAAGAGAAGCCGGCAGUUGUCGAAGCUCCGAAAGAGGAGUACAUGGAGAAAUCAGAAGAGAAGGCGCCUGAGACUGCAGAUGAGUCGAAGGCUCUUGCUAUAGUUGAGAAACCUUGUGAACCAGCAGAAGAGAAAAGCAAGGAGGUUUUGGAUCGAGAAGCUGUGCUUGCAAGAGUUGAAACAGAGAAGAAAAUAUCACUUAUCAAUGCAUGGGAAGAAAGUGAAAAAUCAAAAGUAGAGAACAAAGCUCAUAAGAAGUUAUCUGUUGUUGGGUCAUGGGAGAACACCAAGAAGGCAAACGUGGAGGCUGAGCUAAAAAAGAUUGAGGAAAAAUUGGAGAAGAAGAAGGCAGAGUAUGUGGAGCAGAUGAAGAACAAGAUUGCUUUGAUCCACAAGGCUGCAGAUGAAAAGAGGGCGGUGAUUGAAGCUAAGCGUGCCGAAGAUCUUCUCAAGGCAGAGGAAACUGCUACUAAAUGCCGUGCCACCGGAAAAGCUCCUAAGAAGCUCCUUGGAAUUUUUUGAAGCUAAAUUGAACUAAAUUCAGGUGCACAAAUUGUUUGACAACAAGAACAAGAACAUUGAAUUAGUUAUUUGUAUAUUUCUUUCGAUUAAGUUACAUUUGUUUGUUCACUUGUAGAUGUGUUCAUCAUUUCUUAUG